CCUUGUGGCACUAGACAGAAGCYUCUACUUUGAAACCCUAGUAACUUGGCUCAGGGUUUGAAUUUGUAAUUUUUCAUUGCCACGUGAUAUUAAAAAGUCUAYGAMUUGAGCAGGAGAGUAUACACCCUACAAGUUCCUAGGUAUUGAGUUCUCCGCACUUGACGUCAAAUUCAUUCUUUUGAAUUUUUUACAAUACAAAAGGAAUUAAAAAGAAUAAAUUUGACGUCAAGUGCGGAGAACAAUACCUCGGGACUUAUUAAAAAGGGUGUUUGAUACCUGUUCUGACCUCCAAGGUGGUGAAUGUAUUCAUUGAGCUAGGCAUUUAGUCUAGUUUGCAAGGCGGAUACCYUUUCUGAGAAGUGAUCUCACCAAUCGACUCCAACUGUUUGACACAGUAGUGCAAAUGGCGUUCAGAAGARACUUGAGAAUUUACUAGUAAAAGGUUGAGUCACUGUUGMUGGAGCAGUUUGUUCUGGGGUUCCAUAUAUCAACUGCUUGGCUUGUAUCACGCCAAUGGAUCGUCUUCAUAGCUUUGCUUUGGUUUUCUUGGGACUGUUGUUUAGUGGUAUAGUUUGCGUCGCGAUUACAACGAGUUCAGUUCGACCGACACCGACAUCAACGCCAUCUACAAAUAGACCUACCAACACCACUAUACAACCACCACUUCCUGGAAAUGGUAUUCUAAGACCAGGAAACGUCGACCACGAUGAGAAGCGACUAACUAGAGAUCUGUUUGCUGGAUAUGAUCCUGGACUGAGACCAGUMUACAGGAAACAGAACAACGUUACGGUAAUCCUCGGGAUGUCAGCGCAUCAGAUCAUUGACGUGAAAUGGUAUAACCCAUUCCUACGAUGGAACGCUAGCUACUAUGGAGGGAUAGGCUCAAUUAAUGUUAAACCAGAGCAAGUAUGGAAACCUGACCUCGUGCUCUAUAAUAAUGCGGACCCUAGUACUGAUGGAUCUCUGGAAAACUUCAAGACACGAAUCAUCGUAUCGAGUGAUGGCUGGCARAUGUGGCUGGCUCCAGUGAUCUUCUCGAGUUCUUGUAAAAUACGGAUACAGUACUUUCCCUUCGACCAACAGUURUGCAAACUCAAAUUUGGCUCRUGGACAUUUGAUGGUUUUCAGCUAGACAUGAAGCCCGAGGCUUUCUCGGCUGCAAUUGACAAGUUUCAAGACAACGGGGAAUGGGACCUAGUGGGAGUUCCUUCUAAAAGAAACGAGGAGUAUUAUGCUUGUUGUAAAGCGCCUUACCCGGACAUCACAUUCACCAUCCAUAUCAAAAGACGAGUGUUGUUCUUUCUCUUCAACCUUAUCAUCCCUUGUCUUGUUAUUGUCUUGCUGACAUCGCUGUCGUUCUACCUUCCGCCCGAUUCUGGUGAAAGGAUUUCAGUCGUAAUCACCAACCUUCUCGCGAUGACCGUCUUUAUGUUAAUUGUGGCCGAACUCUUACCGCCGACUUCCGACGAAGUAUCGAUUAUAAGUGUCUUCUAUUCGUGCUGUAUCUUUGAGGUUGGUAUCGCUCUUCUUGGKACUUGUGUAGUCCURAAGUACCAUUUUUGUAGUACMUAUGUCCAUAAAAUGCCCAARUGGGUUCGUAUUGUCGUUCUUCAAGGCCUGGGAAGAUUUUUCUGCAAACUUCCAAAAGAUUCAAACUAUCCUCCAUUUUGUAACUCAUUCGCCAAGGAAAAUGACAAAAACUCCAAUACGAUGACGGACUCUUUGCUUCCUCGUACCGACUCACARUCGCAAAGGAAUUCCAUUAAAGAUCGUCGUUUUGUUGCACUCAAGACAUUGUCGAAUAGCGAUAAAGAAUCGCAUGUGAGCUUAAACACUAAGCACGAGGAUGAUGGACGUUCUCAUGGGGCGCCUUACUCCACACACAAACUCGACGACUUUAUGAGUGAGCCAUCGUGCGACCGCAGCGUUAUCGCGCACGCUAUUCUUGGUAAGCAAGAAAUUAUGUCCAGGAAUCUGGAAAAGUUGGCAAACUCCGUUAAAGACAGUGAUGACGAAGCGAGGGCGAAGGAAGAAUGGCAGCUCGCAGCGUCUAUCUUGGAUAACUUUUUCUGUUGGGUGUUUCUGUUGAGUAUUCUGUUGUCAUCUAUGGUGCUGUAUAUUCGUAUAAGAGAGGCAUAUACUGUGGACCAAUCAGGUGAUUCCUGAAAUUACGACCAAUCACGGAUCACUUGGUAUCCUAUUAUCCAAUCAGGGGGCGACCUGAUGAUACAUCGACCAAUCAGAAACGACCUGAUGAUGUGCCAGCCAAUCACGGACGUUCAGGGCCUCCUUUGUCCAAUCACAGGCUGUAUUCAAGGACCUUUCUGAUACUGUAUUUUUUAACCAACCAGGAACGACCUUUUAUUAUUACUUCCAACUUAGAAUGACCAAUCAAGUUCGCAUCUCAAAACUAUAUUAGCCAAUCAGGGACGCCGUAUUUAGAUACAAUUCCACUAUACAUCUUGGUUACAAACAUCUUAGGUGUAUAGGUUCCUAUAUAAACAAAUUCCAAGCAAGUGAUCCUGUUAUGAGAUGGAAAGCAUUUUUCUGCUUAAUACUGGACGUAAAAUUUCGAUAAAAGUCGAGUUUCAUACACACUAGUCCUCGUAUGCUCUCUUUUUCAUUAUUCUAAGUUUCGAAAAGGGAAUUAACCAAAAACCAUAUAUGGACAAAGGGCCUGAAGAAAUAUUGGAUUAUUAAAAAACACGUUCCAGACAC